CUCAGCUUCUUCCAUUUGGCGGCUGCUGCGACCCAAUCAGACUUCGUUCCGUUUCGAUUUCAGUUUCAGUUCCCGUGCAAAUCUCGAGGCGUCUGGUUGUGUGUCCGCAGGAAAAUUCAUCCAAAAUUUCGGCGCAAGUCGCGCGGUGAUUUCGAUUUAUGUUACGGCUUCUGCUGCCCCAAAAAUAGAGCUUGUGGCAACCAUGAAGAUGAUGCUCAAAAAUAAAUGAGCCUUGCAGUUUAAAAUAUCAAGAAGGCAGUUGCUGGAACUCUGGAAAAGUGAAAUGGUCGAAGCGUUUUAAUUGCCUCCGGUAGAAAGGAUUUCCUCCAAAAGUGUGUGCGUGUGCGUUCGGGUGAAGUGUGCGCUUCUCGGAGCCGGGCAAAGGACCUUAACCAGGCCAAAUCUCCUGCCAGACAAGCCUUUUCGUCUGUCACCAAAGCGGCUUAAAGUUCCUGGAUCCAGUACGCAGCGUCUAGGCGAAGGCAACGCACACCAAUACAUCAGCGCCUGUUGCAACAGCUGCAGCUCGCCAGCAAUUGAAACACAAUUAUGGCAAAUUCGAACAAAGCUUCAUCAAAGUUCGUUAACAACAAUAAGAGAGGAAAUAACUACAAAUGCAUCUGCAGCGACGGCAUCAGUAGGGGCCACAAAAUGUAAUAGACGAAGGGCGUGGAACUGAAAAGGGCUUGGCGGUGGGCAACGGUCAUCGGCGACAGCAACAAGCAACAAGCAACACUGAACCGCUACAACCGACAACGAGCGCAAUCACAACAGCAGCAACAUUAAGAAACCAAAAGAAACCAAACAAAAAAAUACGCAACAUAAAUGAAGUUAACAAUCUGUCAAAUUGCUAAAUUAUUUCUGCUGUUGACAGCCUUCUUCUUUCUCAAUUCCCCCAGCGCAGCCUCCUUAGCCCCCUCCUCCUCCUCCACCAACCCCAGCUUCCGCCCAACGGCGGGUGUCCUUGUCCUGCAGGCGGCCAAGACAGCGACAGACUUUGCUACAACGCCAGCUUCGAAACCAGUUGCGGCCACGCGGACUUUCCCCACGACAGCACCAGCAGCAGCAGCAGCAACAGCACUCGGCAGCAAUUCAAUUUGGCCAACAGCAACACAAACAAAGGGUCCACGUAAUGCGCGUGAAGCUGAACGUCAGAAACGUCAAAAGCAACAGCCCGCAACCCAACGGCAACAGAAGCAGCAGCAGCAGCAGCAACAGCAGCAACACAAGCGCCUGCAGCAGCAACAGCAAAAGAUACAGCAACAGCAACAUCAAAAUCAAAAUCAACGACUGGCCGUUUUAAUACCUUCUUCGCUGCACGUUGAUAUGACGCAUGUGCAACAGGGCUUCCAGCAUUUCCUCGACUUUUUCCAACUGCAUUUAUCUAAUGCCAGCGUCGAUUUCCUACGUGAUGUGGAUUUAAGUGGCUUCAUUAAAUUACUCGAGCUGCCCAAAUACACGAGCGUUGUAAAGACUUUAAAUGCGGGCAUUAAUGUCGACACCGACGUGGACGUGGACGUGGACGUGGCCAUGAACGUGGAUGUGAACAAGGACCAAAGCGGCACCAGGGAUCGGAAUGGGAAUGCGAAUAUGGACGUUGACCCGCCCAGCCAGCCACGUCAGCAACAUCAGCAGCAUCAGCAUCAGCAGCAUUUGCAACAGCCAGAGCAGGAGAUGGAUAAGGAGAAGGAGCAACAUCGUCAUCAUCAGCAGGACUCCAAGGCGAAACAGUUGUCAGCGGGCGUGGAGGCCUCCUUAUCCUCUGGCGGGAAUGGGGCACUUCGGUGGAACGUUGACCGCAGCUUCUCGGGUCACUGUCAUCAGCUGGCCGAGCAACUGGCCCUCGAUUUCAAUAAGACCGUCGUCCUGUGGCCGUGUCCGCGAAUGAAAAUCUCCAGCAAUUUUCUGCCAUCUUUCGAAGCAAUUUCCCUGGCCGUGCAAAGCAUUUCCACCAAGUUGAACUGGUCGCAGGUUGAUAUCUAUGUCGGCGACGACAAUUGGGGCCUAGGACUGGCCAUAGCAGCCAACUUGCAUGUGCCGUAUCGCAUCGAAAUUGGCAGGACAGUACGUGACCUGCAUUCGCAGGACAAACCGGGCAAAGCAAUCAUCAUCACUGCCCCGCUGGACGACGGCAGUACCACGCGGCUCCUGUCCAGCAUCGGGGCGGAGUGGGAUGCAGAUGCGGAUGCGGAGGAGCCCAGGAGGCAACACACCAAAAUCCUGCUCAUCGACAUGGCGGCCAGCUCAUUGGACAUCCAGCACGGGUUCUACAAAUAUCUGACACGGAUCGACGGGUCGGCGGGGCGAAGGGGCCGCUCCGGGGGCAACACGAGCUCUCCGGCCGGAGUGGUCAGCAGCAAUCUGUUGGUGCUGACUCUGCUGAGCGACAGACAUCGACACUUUCUGAACGCGGCCGGACUGAUGGCAACAAUGCAGAGUUUUCGCACGCCCCUCGGUAGUGGUGAAACGGGAAACCACACGGAGCCACCGCCCACUGGCCAUCGCAACGGCAGUGUGGAACGGCUGUACCCCUAUCGCAGCCUCUUCCCGCUCUACGACACGGUGGCAGCCACCGCCACUGCCACCCAAUCGGAUGCGGAGCAGGCGAUCCCCAAAUACGAUUUCGUUGUGCUGGACAUCGUUAGGGACGUCCUGGUGGCCACUUACAAGUGGCGCCCCCUGCUCAUCCUGGAGAGCGACCAGCAAAGGGGGGCGGUGGGCGGCCAGGGGGGCGCCUACAUCACCCACUCCGUGCAGCCGGGCUACGACGAGUGGCUGCUGGUCAGCAGCGUCCUUCUGUGGCAGUGCGGUGCCAUCUGCUGGACCAUCGCGGCCAUCUGCGUGGGCCUCCUGGUCAUCGCCGUGGCGGGCACUGUGGCCGCGGGCAUUGCCAUGAGGAAUUACUUCUUACGGAAGCGUCUCUCCAAGGGGCCCAACAAGAUAGUUCUUUCCUCCAGCGACUUUGUCUUCCCCGUGGAUUCUCGAAGGGUUGAUGAGGGCAUUGAGGCCAUGCUCUGUUGUUGGCUGCAGCAGCUGCAGGAGUUUGGUGGCCCGGAAGUGGACAAGCCAGAUCUUCUGAAAGGCUCCAUUGGCUCGCUGAAGAAUCUGGGAUUCGUGAUACCCGGCGCAGCUGCUCCGGGUGGUUCAGCUGGAGCCAUCACGGCCACGGCGAAUGGGAAAGGCGUGUCCUCCGCCACGGGCAGCCUGGCCAGGCACAAUCCCGCCCAUCUGGACAUGAGGGCCCGCUACAACGGUGAUCUCGUCCAGCUGAAGGAGGUGCACAUGAACGGCUCGGUGGAGCUGCGCACCAAAGCGAUGGAUCUACUCGUAAUGGCCCAUGGUCUGAGGCAUGAGAACAUUAAUCCACUAAUUGGCUGGCUAUCCGAUCCCAACCGCACGGCCAUGGUCUUCGACUACUGCUCCAGGGGAUCACUUCAGGAUGUCCUAAUCAUGGACGAGAUCAAGCUGGACUGGUCGUUCCGGCUGAGCCUACUCACAGACCUGGUGAGGGGCAUGCGGUACCUGCACACCUCUCCCCUGAGGGUCCAUGGGGCCUUGACCUCCAGGAACUGCGUCGUGGACGCCCGGUGGGUCCUCAAGAUCACCGACUACGGCCUGAACUCGUUCUACGAGUCCCAGGGACUGCCGCCCAGGCCCCGAAGUGCCAAGGAGCUGCUCUGGACAGCACCGGAGCUGCUACGCAGCAUGAAGCUCCACCAGCAGCAGCACCACCAUCACCACCAGCACGGACGCACCCAGUUGGGCACCCAGCUCGGCGACGUCUACUCAUUCGGGAUCAUCAUGCAGGAGGUGGUGGUCAGGGGAGAGCCCUACUGCAUGCUCUCCCUGGCCCCCGAGGAAAUAAUAGCCAAGAUCAAGAAGCCUCCGCCGCUGAUCCGGCCCUCCGUGUCCAAAGGAGCCGCUCCGCCGGAGGCCAUCAAUAUCAUGCGCCAGUGCUGGGCCGAGCAGCCCGACAUGCGUCCCGAUUUCAACUCGGUUUAUGAGCGCUUUAAGAUGCUAAACCAUGGACGCAAGGUGAACUUUGUGGACACCAUGUUCCAAAUGCUCGAGAAGUACUCAAACAACCUGGAGGAGUUGAUUCGGGAACGCACCGAGCAACUGGACAUUGAACGAAAGAAGACUGAACAGCUGCUGAAUCGCAUGUUGCCAAGCUCGGUUGCUGAGAAACUAAAGAUGGGCUUGGCCGUCGACCCGGAAGAAUUUUCCGACGUAACCAUAUACUUUAGCGACAUUGUUGGUUUUACAACAAUCGCCGCCCAUUGCAGUCCCGUACAGGUUGUGGAUUUGCUCAACGAUCUCUACACGAUAUUCGAUGCCACGAUCAAUGCCUACAAUGUGUAUAAAGUGGAGACAAUUGGAGAUGCCUAUAUGGUGGUGAGCGGACUACCCGUGAAAAUACCCGAUCACGCCGAGCAGAUAGCCACCAUGGCCUUGGACCUGCUGCAUCAGAGUGGUCGCUUCAAUGUGAAGCACCUGCCCGGCGUUCCACUCCAACUGAGGAUCGGCCUCCACACGGGUCCUUGCUGUGCCGGAGUGGUGGGUCUCACGAUGCCCAGAUACUGUUUGUUUGGCGACACAGUCAACACGGCAUCGCGAAUGGAGUCCACCGGAUCCUCCUGGCGCAUCCAUAUGUCCCAGGAGACCAGAGACCGACUGGAGGCUCGAGGCGGUUAUGCCAUCGAGCCAAGAGGCCUGAUCGACAUCAAGGGUAAGGGCAUGAUGAACACCUUUUGGCUGCUGGGAAAAAAGGGGUUCGAUAAGCCGCUGCCGGCACCACCGCCUAUUGGGGAGUCGCACGGCUUGGAUGAGUCCCUGAUCCGCAACUCGAUAACCCUGAAGGCGCAGGCCAACAAGUCCCGGACGAGCACGAAUCCCUCCUCCUCGCAGAGCUCCUCGCUGGCAGGCGAGUCCGUGGAGGUGAAGGUCGAGAUAACGCCGCCCACCAACGCGGAACUGGGCUCCGGGGCCAAUCUGCCCAACUCGUACUCCCUGGACUCGAACUCCACCAACACGAUCAGCCCCAACGCCACCCUCUGUCCGGAGUUUCCGGGCAAGACGACGCCCAGCAGUGCGAGUCCGCAGUCGCGCAAGCUCUCCGAACUGACGCCGGACAACCUGCUCAACCCGAACAGCUUCAACCGGCUGCCGAACUCCACGGGCGGCUCCAGCUCGCGCCUCUACAAGAAGAUCGAGGAGAUGAUGGACCUCAGCUCGCCGUACAACCACUACAAAUGCCUCAGUCCCAGCGAGAGCAAUCUUACGCAGUUCUACGACGGCAAGUACCUGUACGGCAGUGUGGCCGGAGGGGCGGGGGGCGGACAGGGCGGCGGACAGGGUGGCGGACAGGGAGGCGGCGGCGCCUGUUCCUCGGCCACCGGGAGCGGGUGCGGCGGCGGAGCCACCCGGUUCGACAGCAAGCCCGGCUCCAGUCGCCUGCUGCGUCGGCAGUUCAGCUUGGAUCGCGACGACCAGCAGGCGAAGGGAGAGCAGCAGCAGCACCACCAGCACUCCCUCCAGGCCACCACCUACGCGGCCUUGGUGGGGGGUGGUGGUGGUGGGGGUGGGGGUUUGGGUGGUGUUACCAAGACCUCCAUGCUGGACAUACCCCUGCUGCACGACACCUCCCGCAGUCCCAAGGGCACGCUGACGCGGGCCCACAAGCAGAACUCCGCCUCGAUCACCCAGGACCUGGAGAAGAUCGAGGAGAUCCCACUGUCGCCGGCCUCCUCCCAGCACCACAGCAGCCUGGACAGCAACCUCAACCGCAGUCCGCCCUCGACGCUGGAGGCACAGUCGCCCCCGCUGCCCCCCCUUAGUCCGCCCCAGCUCUCCGCCCCCACCUCGCCGGCCCCUUCCAGGACCUUGAACGGGUUGCAUGCCCACGGCAGCAGUGCCACCCACUCCCACGGAGCCACGGCCAACAACAAUAACGGCGCCCAUGCCGGCCCAGAGCUGACCCUCAAUGCGGAGCAGCUGCUGAGCAGAUAGGGCACAAUCUAAGGCCCCCAGGGAAAGGGCGCCGAUCAAAGCUUUAGGUCUCAUCCGAACCCAGUUUAACUGUGUGUGCGUGUGUGUGUGUGUGUGUGAGUGAUUGGGCGGGACUUUUGGCACUAGAUAUCGUAAUGGGGGAAAAUGUUGUGCAACACCAUUGUUCCACUGGCAAAAAGAUUUGCAACUAAAUCAUUUGCCAGAAGUAAAGACUAAGAUCACAAUUACCCACUUCGUUUCCCA